AUGACAAGCAAAGGUGUCUUGUGGAUGGCCUCUUAUGGAUCGUUUAGUAUCGUUGCGUUUGCUGCCACCUUUCUAUCUCUGGCAUCUAAAUCCUUCGAUUAUAUCACUUUGAUGCAUGAACUCACAGACAGUUACAAACUCACUAUAUUGUUGAACUUUGUUGUUUGUUGCUUUCUACUUGGCGGUAUAAUCAGUAUACGGCUAAUUUUUGGGGAAUUGAAACUACUUGAGGUGGAAAAAAUUGUGGAUCAACUUCCAUUCUAUGGUCUCAACUUGUUAUUCAUCUUGUUUAAUGAUGACAAUCUCCUAUUAAAUAUUGUAUGGGCGGGUAUCACUGUUCUUGCCAAGGUUUAUCACAUCAUACUACUCAAUCGACUUGAGUUUCUUCAACUUCAAGUGGUCAAUGGCCUCACUCGUGAGCAUUUAUCCAAAUUGCGUAUCUUCAGGCUUUUCGCCUUGAACGUUUACGUUAUCUUAUUAGCAUCUUUCAUAAUCUCCGAUUUCUUCUUAGCAAAGAUACUUGCGUACGAUGUAUUUCAAGGUGUGAGUUCAAUUGGGAGCUUGCUAUUUGGCAUUCAGUUUGGCGUCAUGGGAAUUGAUGGCUUUGCUUACUUUGGAAAGCUUGCUUUCAAUGUAUAUGAACUUAUGUUUUACAGAUCUCAGUCCAACAAAAUCGAUGUUGAGGAAAACACAUUGGACGAUCUUGAUCUCGAUGAAAAUGAUGAUGAUGACAAUGCAGAGACAGUGUGGGAGAAUAAAGCUCUUUGGACUCAGAGCUUUGAAAUUAUAAUGUCUGCACUGAAGGCGGCGUUCUAUUCAAUAUUUAUUUACAUCUUAUACGUUCACUCAGGAUUGGCACCCCCAAUUCCGAUUAUUCAAGGUUGCUUCUUUGCUGCUGUUAGUGUUGCAAAGCAAUGCCUGCAGUUGAGAUCCUAUAUUUCCCAGUCAAGGAUUUUGGAUGGAUUACUUGAAAACGCAACAACUUCAGAGUUAGAAGCUGCAGAUUAUCUAUGUAUUAUCUGCCGGGAAGACAUGCAUUCUCCAGAGAUUUACCAGCAGCAGCGUGGGAAGGCUUUGUUGCCCCGAAGGUGUCCAAAAAAGCUUCAAUGUGGACAUAUUUUGCACAUGGGCUGUCUUAAAGACUGGCUUGAACGUUCAGAUAAUUGUCCUCUUUGUCGCAAGAAGGUCUUCGGUCAAGAACCCGCUUCAGUUUUGCCUGUUGCUUUUCCGGAGCCUGUCGAUCGCCCGAACCCACCAGGUGAGGUGAUACGGGAAUCGACGAUGCCUGAAAUGAUUGAAAUGAUUCCAUAUGUAUCAACUCCAUCAAUUCCCACUGAUUGGGCAGCAUUUCCAAUUGAAAGAUCUGAUUCAUCAGGCCAAAUCCGAAUCGAAAUUUCACCAGGAAAUAUUGGAGUUCUUACUAAACGUUCGGGAUCGGAUGCAGCCUCGGAAAUUUCAACAUCUGAGUAG